CGAACUUGGUGGCAAUCUUAAUCCUUUGCCGGGGACGAUGCGGUCUGUCCCGGUGCAUCUCACUCUACCUGGUGGCGAUAGCAGUGACUGAUUUCCUUGUCAUUGCCAAUGGAUGCAUCCUCAAUCGGAUUGGCCGAAUCUACUUUCGUAAUAGUGUCCUGUCCACUACUCAAGGAUGCAAACUCACGACUAUGCUGAUCUUUGCUAAUCGGGAUUGUUCGGUCUGGCUGACAGUGGCCUUCACCUUUGACCGUUUUGUGGCCAUCUGCUUAAGGAGCCUGAAGACCAGAUAUUGUACCGAGAAAUCUGCAUUGCUGGUCAUAGGAAUGGUCUGUUCCUUGAGUUUCGCAAAAAAUGCUCCUUUCUACAUCAUCCUUAAGCCCUUGUACUUUGUGGAUGGGGUGCCCUGGUUCUGCAUUAUCAAGUCCUUCUAUUACACAGUGUCCGCUUGGCAGGCCUUCGAUUCGCUGGAUCACAUAUUAACUCCUUUUCUCCCCUUCCUCCUCAUUCUGCUACUCAAUACCUUGACAGUGCGAAUUAUCUUAGUUGCUAGCAGAGCCCGCAGAAGACUCCGGAGUUCAGAGAAUCAUGGAGACCCAGAGAUGGCGAACCGCAGGAGAUCCAUUGUUCUGCUGUUCACCAUCUCAGUCAGCUUCCUCCUCCUAUGGGUCAAUUAUGUCAUACAGUUUCUCUACGUGCGAAUUACUGGUAUGGGUUACUUUAACAGCCUGGACUUCAAUGAUCCACAAUACAUCCUUCAAGAGACGAACAAUAUGCUCCAAAUAAUCAGUUCCUGUAACAAUGUUUUCAUCUAUGUGGUGACCCAGAACAAAUUCAGAGAGGAGUUGAAGCAGGUCCUAAUUUAUCCCUUUGCCAUUUUAAUUGCUGUUUUAAACAGGAAACCGCUGUAA